GUCACGGCUUCAUCGUCAACCCCGCGCAAAUGAAAUAUCCGCUAAAUAAAUGGAUAAACUGUUGUCAUUAUUAAUUACCCCACAAAUAAUAUUUUAUGUGUAAAAGUACACCCAAAAAUCCAUGGAAAUGCUAUUUCUGAAGCGAAAGUGCCGGUGUCUCAUGACAAAAAUUACAUUAUCAUUGCGUAUCAUUUGUUGACACUCAAGAUCAUCAAAAUAAUAACAACCAAAGUGUUUGUAAAAUACAGCGCUAGACGGAAGAAACGGAUUAAGAACAGACACUUCAAAUACAAAUCAUUUAUUUUUUUAACACCUAUUGUUGUUAAUGUGAUACUAAAGUUGUUAGAUCGAGGUACAACGUGUAGUGAUGAUUAAUUAUUUGAGGGAAUAUUCAGAUGUUUAACGGAAUGUUGUGGAUUGUUUAUCGAAUUUUCAACGGAUAAUUCGGGGGAAUGAUGAUGAAAUCCAGAUGAACUCGGGGUUGUGAAGGAAAAGAGAUUUUUCCCGGGGGGUUUUUACCGUUCUUCUUUUUUUGUUUUCAUCUCCUUGUAGACAAAGUUCAUGAUAACAAUUUAUGAGGGAUUCGUCUUGACUCAGUCUAACGAGCGCCGGUGGUUAAACGAUUGAAAAUUAACAAACAAAUCAAUAAAUAAAUAAACGUCAACGCAUUGAGGACGACAGGGUGAUGAGUUUUUUGAAUCCACGACUUAUGAAAGUCUUUUUGAGUUUCCAUUAUGAAAUUUCAUCAUCGAAGCGUAGAUGAAAAAUCAAUUAAUACUUCGGUACACAUCGACCAAUAAAAUAGAUAUUAAUAUUCCAAAAAUCUUGACUGCUGCGGACACAAAUGAAACGAUUGAUGAUCUGAUCGAAACAAUGAGUGACGUCCGUGAAAGAUCAGAUAGAGCGUGAAGUAUUUUCAAGUUUAAAAGUUCCAAGACCAAAAAUAGUGAUUAAUGUGUAAAGUUAUGUCUUUAAUAAAUGAUAGUCUAUUACUGAAGUAUUUCGAAGCUAUUCGUUACGAAAAUUUGACCAACUCCUAGUAUUUAAUUAAAUCGGUACACAAUGGAUUAAAAUUAAUAAUGAGUGGAGGUAUUUAUAAAUUAUCGACGAAUGCUGGUUGGCGGGUCCAAAAACGUAGAACUAUUUUAAUGAUAUAUUUCCUAUAAACGCGGAUAAAGCGUCAUUUCAUAUGAUAAUGUGUAAUCGAUGGUCCAAAUUGAACAAGCGAGAGGUUCAAGUAAUUCAAUAAAUAGUUACGUGGUCCAAACCUAGUGGCUUAGUACCCAAACCUAAGUGCAAGUUCUAAUGUGUAUUUUUUAUGAGUGUUUAUCCCUCCCCUCCCUCUUUUCCCCACCCCAGUAUGUGGUAUAAAUAGUUGAGUGGCCGUUGAUCGAUAAAGAAUUAAUCAUCAAAGUGUCGCCGGUAAAAUGUUUAUUUAUAAGGGGUAGUUGAUGGAUAUAGUAUUGACAUCGGAGAUACUGACGUGUGGAUCGAAUUUUUAGCCAGUGAAUUAAUGGUUAAUACCCCGGAAUUUGUUAAAUCGACAAGUGUACUUGGUAAUUGACAGUUUAAACAUGGUAUAAUCGCUGUGGAGAAGCUAUGGCGAGCUCUAGUAGAUACAGCAGUUACAAUUGUCUGACUAGUUGGGACAGCUAUGACAGAAUUCCAAGAGUGCGUGUUGAAUAUUAUGUGAACGAGAAUACAUUCAAGGAACGACUCCAACUGUAUUUCAUCAAAAAUCAACGUUCAAGUCUGAGAAUUCGAGUGGCAAAUCUGUUCUUUAAGCUGCUCACAUGCUUCCUUUACAUAUUCAGGGUAAUCACGGACAAUGUUCCUACAUUCGCGUCAUGUUACGGCUGUACACCGGGAAACAAGUCGGAUAUCCUGGCAUCCCAGAUGCUCACGGAAGAGGAGUUUCAAGACCACUCCACCAUCAACUGGGACGCGAUUCUGUGGGUGAGACGACCUUUGGAGCUGUGGGUCGUUCAGGUUAUUCUAGCGAUGGUAUCGCUUGCCGAGGCACUACUACUCGCCUAUCUUGGAUACAAGGUGAAAAACCACGGCGUUAUUAUUCCUCAAUCUCAAGUUUUAAUUAAUGAAAAUUUCCAGAUACUUUAUCCACCGAUGCGGAAUCUGUUCAUUCCGGUAUUCCUGAACUGCUGGUUGGCAAAGCACUCACUGGAGAAUAUGUUCAACGAUCUUCACAGAGCGAUGCAGAAGUCACAAUCGGCCUUGAGUCAGCAGCUGAUGAUUCUCAGUGUUACUUUACUGUGCCUUGUCUUUACCAGGUCAGUGACAACUCACAAAUUUCAAUUGCUCGUUUUUGUCAAUAAAACCAGACUAAAUAGCUCAUUCUUUGAGCAAUUAGCAUUCACCUGGAUGGAGCGGCAAAAACUCGGUGGUUCAUAUUCAUCGCACCGUGCGCAGAGCGAAAAACAUGUGGUAGUUUGCAGUACAACACUUCAAGCGGACACCAUAAUGGACUUUCUAAACGAGUUUUAUGCCCACCCCUUGCUGCAAGAUUACUACGUUGUACUGCUGUCACCUAUGGAAUUAGAUACAACGAUGAGGAUGAUACUGCAAGUACCCAUUUGGGCCCAGAGGGUUAUUUACAUACAGGGUUCGUGCUUGAAGGACGGUGACCUUGCUAGGGCCAGGAUGAAUGAGGCUGAAGCGUGUUUUGUACUUGCGCAUGGAAUUCAACCGAGUUUAGUUCAGUUACGAGUUGGAGAUUGUUCCGAAGAAUUAACAUUCAAGAUUGUUUGUUUCGUUGUAAUUUCAGCAACUACGUACUUGGAUCCAGCCAAUUUAACGGAUUCAAGACAGUGUUUGAGGGACGCUGGAUCAAGCCCUCAAACACCAAUCACAGGGAAUCAUCUGGAUGUGCCACGCUCAAUGGAUACUAAUCCAAAUUUACUGAGUCCAGAGAUAUUAAUGCAAAGACGAGGCAGCAGAAGACCUAGUAUACUUCCGGUUCCGGAUAUGCUGACGAGUUCAACCUUACAUCUACCUGGUCAGGAGUCCUUGGAUCAUGAAGCAGAUGAGUCCGAGGACGAGAUGGAUGACGAUGUGCCCUGGAGAUCGCCCAGUGAAAAAAUUGCUAUUGUCAAAGGAUUUCCACCGGUCUCACCGUUCAUUGGAGUAUCACCCACACUGUGUUAUUUGUUGAAAGAGAAAAAGCCAUUGUGCUGCCUGCAAUUAGCGCAGGUUUGUGAGCACUGCAGCUACAGAAACGCAAAAGAAUACAAUUGGCAGAAUAAAACAAUAAUAUUAGCAGCGGAUUACGCGAGUAACGGAAUAUACAAUUUCAUAAUUCCCCUGCGGGCUCACUUCAGAUCCAAAACUUCUCUUAACCCGAUCAUUCUUCUGCUGGAGAGAAGACCGGAAAUUGCCUUUCUAGACGCCAUCUCUUAUUUUCCACUGGUAUAUUGGAUGCUCGGAUCGAUUGACUGUCUCGACGACCUCCUUCGUGCUGGUAUCACACUUGCCGAAAAUGUCGUUGUUGUCAACAAGGAGUUGAGCAAUUCCGCUGAAGAAGAUACACUGGCCGACUGCAAUACCAUCGUCGCUGUUCAGACAAUGUUCAAAUUCUUCCCCAGCAUAAAGAGCAUAACUGAGCUGUCGCAGUCUAGCAAUAUGAGAUUCAUGCAAUUCCGGGCGCACGACAAGUACGCACUACACCUCAGCAAAAUGGAAAAGAGGGAAAAGGAGAGAGGAUCACACAUAUCGUACAUGUUCAGACUGCCAUUUGCUGCUGGUAGUGUCUUCAGUGCAUCAAUGCUGGAUACACUUUUGUAUCAGGCCUUUGUUAAGGAUUAUGUGAUAACAUUCGUCAGACUUCUACUCGGUAUUGACCAAGCUCCAGGCUCUGGCUUUCUGACCUCGAUGCAAAUCACAAAAGAUGACAUGUGGAUACGAACGUACGGUAGACUCUAUCAAAAGCUGUGCUCGACAACGUAUGAAAUACCGAUAGGUAUCUACAGAACUCAGGACACGAGUGUUACCGAUACCUCGAACGACUCGGAUGCUGAGAGCGAUACAGGAGUCGGUGUCACGUACAAGAUGCGCCGUACAGCGGCUGCUGCGUGCCUGUCAAAUUGCUCUGCCCGUGAAAAGGGUGCAUCGGCAAUCCGUAUUUUCUGUCCUCAGUACUCAGUCUCAAUAGCCGACGAAGCCCGUGAUAAUCACACCCAGCAGAUAGAGCGCGCCGAAAUAGCGAACCUGGUGCGUUCACGAAUGGAGUCCCUGAAUCUACCAGUUGCCGAUUACGACGACGUCUCAGAGAAGCGAAACAGUCUCUCCUACGUGAUAAUCAAUCCAAGCUGCGACCUCAAGCUCGAAGAGGGUGAUAUCGUGUACUUGGUCCGGCCAAGUCCCUUCUCAGCCCAGAAGACCUUCGAGCGUCACAACUCAAGACGCAAAUCAAACAUAAGCUUCUGCUCAGCUCAAUUGGUUGCCCAGAUGUCAGCGGCAGUUGCAUCAUCGGGAAUUGGUAGUGGUGGUAGCAGAAGGGGCUCGGGAAUUGGUUUGGCUAGGGCACCACCACUCGGUGGCACCAAGUCAAAUUCACUCUCUUUACCGGACAGUCCCACCGUUGCCGGAAGCCUGCGCGGCCGUUCGAAUUCGUUGCGCGUGGUAGACGAUAUCCUACUCAGACGAAGCAAUUCACUUCGCCAGGGUUUCACCACGCGACGAAAGAGCAGCCUGGAGGACAUCGGCCUCGGUGCGUUGUCCCAUCCAACAAAUCACAAUCCUAUUAAAAUAGCACUCAAUGGAUCUAUUGGCCUAGAGGUAACACCACCUGAAGAGGGUAUACCUGGUGGUAAUGCAAGUAAUACUGGUAUACUCGAUGUUGGUUUACCAUCUAUGCCAGCACUUGGUACUGGCUUAGGCGCUCCACUUGGUCCACCUCUGGGUGCGGGUCUUGGCGGUUCACUUGGGGGUCUCUAUGAUCCACCUAUUGUUCAGAGCAAAGGACUCGUUAAUACACAACAGUCACAGAGCAAUCAGGAUCCUCAGCACAUACAGGGGACAAUCGUAUGAUACAACCUUAUGUGGGGACGCCGACUCUCCAGUGUAGUCAGAAAUAAGUGGAUAUAGCGUUCCCACAUAGAUGGACAUUUUAGGUAUUAGACGAGGCGUCUUCUAGUGGAUGAGAGAAUUCAUCGGUUUGUCCUUUUUCCAUCCCCAAAAUUCACUCGCUCAUAAUUACACUUAAUAUUUCAGGUGUUUUUGGAGUUGUUUAGUAGAUUCGCACCAGCUAUUCAGCCUCCAUCCAAUCUCUUUGCUUUUAGUUUUUUAGUUUUCUGAUUGAAGGAUUGGUUCAUCAUCUUUGCCAGUUUUGAAGAGAUUUCUCAGUCGCCAUCAGUAAUUAUUGACUGAACAGUCAGUCCAUUUAAUUUCAAUUUGAAUAAAUGUAAAUCACUCACUCAUUAGGUCAAUGGAGAAGAUAAAUUAAAAUUAUUAAAAUUAUUGGUGUGAAUCGACUAUAUGAUUAUUAAAUAACGAGUGAUAAUCAUCCAUUAAUAAUCCAAUCUGAUCUUAAUUCUCUGAUAACAGAGUGAUAUCAGGGGAAAUAUCCUUAAGAGAUUCAUCAAAAAUAACUGUAGAAAUAUAAAAGAUUGAAAAACAAUCGAAGGAAUUCCCCUGGAACCGAAGAAUUCUCUCAUCUGCGUGAGGUUCAAUUGAGCAAUUACUCAGUCUUUUUAUUCAACAGAACAAGAAUAUAAUUGGCUGUUGGUAUUAGGGAUGCAAUGAUGUUCUACGAAUUUGCAUCUCUAGUUGGUAUUACGUUCUUUCGUUUGUUCGGUAUCAAUGAAAUGGUGAUGAAUCGCAAAAUAUUAAAGAGAAUUCGAACGGCUUACGACCCGGCUCGGAGGCCACUAUGUCGGAUGAAGGGAGUCCCGGGAGGUGGUGCUCGUAACGACCCGUGCCCUGCAUUAAAAACCGGAUUAACCACAAGACGAUACGACUUGGUUGCCGAUUACUGCGAUACAAAAAUUAUUAGUUUAGUUUUUUAAAGGAACCAUUUGGGGAUUUAUUUCAGGAGAUUAGAUAUGUAAGUAGAAAAUAAAUGCAUUCGAACUACACGAAAUCACUGAGAAAGUCAUUGAGUAGUGGAGUGAUAAAUAAAAUUCAUUUGCUAAUUGUUUGUUUAAUAUUUACACUUGAUUAGGUCUCAAUUAUCAUGAUUGUUGCAUAAUUGCAUAAUUGUUGCUGCUUCAUUGGAAUUUUUUCAUGAAGAUAUUGAUGAUUGAAGGAAUAUUUAAUUUCAAGUGAAAAAGAUGAGUGGUGUUUCAGUGAUACGAUUUAUCAGAUUUUGUUUAUGGAAAUAAUUAUAAUUUUCGAGGAGAAUGUGAUUUUGUUUUCGUAAUAGUAUAAUGUAAUUCACUCCACUGCGGAUGUAUUUAGACGUCAUAUCACAGGAGAACUUCGCGAUUAAAUAACCAUUCACUGCGUUAAACUAAAAUUAUGUAAUUACUUAGGAGAGAUUUUCUAUUUAAACGUUAUGAAAAAGACAAAUUGAAAAAGUGUAAUUAGAUAAUUAACUGUUAAUGAUUACAGUUCAAGGGGAUGAUGAGCCCUCGAAUUAACGAUCGAUGCCUCCUCUCGGCUAGUGAAAUUCAAUUCCAAGUAUUUAGGAAUUAAAAGAUAUAAAUAAUUGAUGGAUGAGGAAUUAAAGAAGAUUUUUAGGUAUUGUAGGAUUAAAUCGGCGUGUUAAUGAGUGGAAUAAUCAACGCCAGAAAUUUUUGUACGACACGACCUAGAACAAUCGCUCGAUUGGUCUGACAAAUCAGCGAAUGAAAAUCCUCCCUUGAUGAAACAAAAAAAGUUCAAACGAAUUUUAAUGGAUAACGAAGGUAAUCAACAUUAAUAUUUCAUUUGCUUUAUAAUCGUUAAUCGCUAUUUUGAUAAUUUAUUGAGCGAUUACAGAAUCAUUUUAUUUCUCGACAAUCUCCUAUUCUGUAUUGUAUUUCUGAUGUAUCGAAAUACUUAUAGAAAUUCUGAAAUUCAUUCAGAGACCAAUUUACAAUUAUUGUAGGGAAAAGUAAAUAGUUUUUCGGCUGAACUCAAUAUUUCAGGAGGUUCAAGUGGUUUUCAAAUUUUGGAUCUUUUUUAUGGACCAGAAAUCAGCAUCAAUAAUUACUUUUUAUUUUUUGAUUGAAAUUUAUUCCAAAAACUUUAUUUUUUUCAAAAAGGU